AUGGCUUUCGGAUAUUCAACUGAAUUGUCUUUCUUAUAUAUAGGCCGGGAGCUCACUGUGGCAUAUAUGGAUCCAACUGCCCGGAAUGGGUUAUGGCCAUGCAGGCAUGCAACAGUCAAGGAAUAUGUUAUGUGCCACUGUAUGACACCCUGGAUACUAGCAGUAGUCCCUAAGUGCACAGCCCAUCUUAGAGCCAUUGUUAGUUUCAGAGAUUUUACAAGUGAGAUGAAAACUGAAGCUGAGAAAUUUGGUAUAAACAUGAAAAUUCAGUCUGGAGGGAUGAUAGCCAAACACCUUUUUCAGUAUGCCUACAACUACAAACUUGCCAAUAUGAGGAAAGGGCUGAAGCAGCAUGAAGCAUCACCAUUUUUCGACAAGAUAGUUUUCAGCAAAAUAAAGGAAGGGCUUGGAGGGCGUAUACGCCUCAUGAUAGCAGGAGCAGCACCUUUGCCAGGGCAAAUCGAAGAGUUCAUGCGAGUAACCAGCUGCAGCAUUGUAGUACAAGGAUAUGGGCUCACUGAGAGUUGUGCAGGAUGCUUCACAUCAAUCGCCAAUGUUUUCUCAAUGAUUGGUACAGUUGGCCCUCCUGUCACAAUAAUCGAAGCACAACUGGAGUCUGUCCCUGAAAUGAGCUACGAUGCACUGUCAGACAUGCCGCUUUUGUGCCCAAGUUCUGAUCUAUUGAUCUCUUAG